AUGACCAAGAUUUUCUUGCAUUUGCUGCUUCUUGUGGCCUUCUCGGCCAAUGCAGCUUUGGGAGGCCAGAUCGUCAAGGCUCUUCCCGGUUAUGAUGGUGAACUUCCCUUUAAGCUUGAGACUGGGUACAUCUCUGUUGCGGAUGCGGAGAUGUUCUACUACUUCAUUGAAUCGGAGGGAAACCCUAAAGAAGACCCUCUUUUGCUCUGGUACAGUGGAGGCCCUGGUUGCUCUGCUUUUAAUGGCCUCAUUUUUGAAAAUGGUCCGUUACAAUUCAACAUCACUGAAUAUGAAGGAGGUGUGCCACAGCUGGAGUACUAUCCAUACUCUUGGACAAAGACAGCAAGCAUUUUGUUCGUUGAUGCACCAGUCGGUACUGGCUUCUCUUAUUCCACAACUGCCUCUGGUUGGUACACCUCAGACACACAAGCUGGCUGGCAAACCUAUAAGUUCUUGAGAAAAUGGCUGAUUCAACACCCACAGUAUUUGAAAGUCCAAUUAUUUAUUGGCGUUGAUUCUUAUUCCGGCAUUUCUGGCAGUCUCCUAGUCCAUCAUAUUGUAAAUGAAAAUGAAGCUGGUGCUGUCCCGCGCUUGAAUCUCAAGGGUUACAUUCUUGGAUGCCCACGAAUUGAUGCAGACAUUAACGACAACUCCAAAAUUAUAUUUUCUCAUCGGAUUGGCCUUAUAAAUGAUGAGCUCUAUGAGACGUUGAAGGAGAGUUGCAAUGCUAGUUACACUGACAUCGAUGAAAGCACAUCCUCCCCUGAAUGCUAUGAGGCAUAUGAAAUUUAUUCUCGGCUUAUCAAAGACAUAAACAAAAACGACAUUUUGGAGCCUAAAUGCGUCUGGGCAUCCCCUAAAUCCAGUGGAGAGCUCAGUUAUAGAUCUCUCGAAGAGAACCCCGAUAACUUCAUUCUCUCGCCUCCCAAGAUCCCUGAAUUUUGGUGCCACAACUUCAUCCAUGCCAUGUCCUACUGGUGGGCAAACGAUCAAAGUGUUCAGGAAGCUCUUGGCGUGCGGCUGGGAACAGUUGGUGACUGGGUUAGAUGCAACAAGUCACUGCAGUACACAAAGGAUGUGGACAGUGUCCUCGAUGUUCACAAGAACCUUAGCACCAAAGGGUUGCAAGUUCUCGUAUACAAUGGUGAUCACGACCUCACCAUCCCAAGCACCGGAACGCAACAGUGGGUCAAGGUGCUUGACCUGACGAUUGUGAAUGAUUGGCGACCAUGGCUUGUCGAUGGCCAGAUUGCCGGUUAUACCAUCAAGUAUUCGGAACACGGUUACAGACUGACCUAUGCCAGUAUCAAGGGGGCUGGUCAUCCGCCUCAAGCGAACAAGCGACGAGAGUGUUACGAGAUGUUUCGAAGUCAAAUAAUGCAAGUUUUCAAUUGGGGAAUUUGGGAUCACAGUGUUGAUGCAGAUGCCGAUGCCGAUGGUCAUGGAUCGACGGCCUGA